GUUUGAGUCGCGACCACAAGCUGCGCGGCUGAGGGCUGCCAAAUCAACAGAGGCCUUCUUCGACAUGGCCUCCGAUUCAGACGAGCUUUCUUGGCGCAUGGAGUUUCCCGCGUACAAUACCUGGGUUAUCGGGCGCACAACCGCCCGAGACGGCGUUAACAUGAUCAAUGAGACUAACACGGAAGUCUCGUGUACUUUUCGGCCUGCAGAAGUGAAUCCACAGGAUGCGCGCGAGAAGAUGGUGCCGGGCACGUUCCCAAUGCGCAGUAAAGGCUAUAUCGCAGAGAACUUUCGAACUUCCGACAACAGGCAGAUCAUGCUCGUGAAGUGCCCCGUCCCAGCGAUCUCCACGAUGGGCUUCACAACGUGGCAAAGCUCUGGCGUUUACUGCAGUAUGGACCUUCAGUAUUCAGGCUACGUGCGCUUUCCAGAAUCUGCUCCGUUGCUUCUGCGAGCUUAUCGCGCACCUCGGUUUUUCUCGCUGUCUCCGGUACAAGCCUUCGCCAAUGUUUUGCAUCAGAAGGUGAACUUGAUCGGCGAGAACUUUCCCGACGUGCCAGGCGGUCGAGUUUUCAUCGCCUUGGGUCAGAAGGCCACAAACGUUACGCAUCGAUUGCCGAGUUCGACACAGUUCUUGCCACCAGACGACGAUGUCGCAGCCCACAAUGCGAACUGGCGCAACAACACAGCAGCCUGCGAAUGGCGCUCGGGUAUGGUUUUAGCGUGCAACCUGCCAGCGAUCAAAGACCGGAACGCUGGGCAGUAUCCAGUUUAUAUCAGCUUCUCCGGUGGCGGCCGCGAAAAGGCUGAAGGAAACGGUUUGAAGUUCACGGGAUUGACACUGGACUUAGUACCAGAGCCGCUGAUUCGUUCUAUUUUCUACGCAGGCAACAACUUUAUCUCGAUCAAACUGAACAGCGGAGAGGACUUCAUGAACAGCAACCGCUUUUUCUACCGCACGCCUCAUGGCAUGAGCUGCUACCUCGGGAGUGAGAAACUGCUCACGAAGGUCGUCAACAAUCCGCCUGGCGUGCAAUGUCUUCUACCGGGUAUGCCCGACGUCCAGGCGGCUUCCGUACAACGCCUUCGUGCGGCAGACGCGUUGCGCAAACUAAACAUUGCCGCCUUUGACCAGCAGGCUUACGACAUCCAGAAACCUUUUUUGCUGUCUCUCCGCAUCUCACCUGGCAUUAGAAGUACAGGAAAAGCGGACCUGAUGGACUAUCCUACUGACAGCUACGACAACGUCCGCAACUUCCAGACAUUCGUUGACUUUUUCCAGUCGUGGAACAGCAAGGUGCCACUGAUUGCGGCAGACCCCAGCUAUGACCCGACUUCCAAACUGGCUGACAGUUUUCAACUUCGGAUGCCAGAUCUGCGCUCUGGGCUUAUCAUUCCGCAGGUUUCGGAACCCCGCGUGCACUCGUUAAUCCCAGCCGCGUUCUACAACAUUCGGGUAUCCAGUGGAUACACGCAGACACCUUUUGCUAGUGCUGAUGGCACCGUGACGACGCUGUGGAGUGUGGACUCGCAGAAAACGUUGCUGUUGCAGGGUAUUUCGAAGCCGUCUUACGUGAAAGUCGUUGGUAGUGGGCUCACUGCGCGGAUGCGAUGUGAAUUUCAGGAUCGUGACACGGGCCGACGUGUGAUCGCCAGCUCCGUCAUCGCGAAAGAAGUUCCGCAUGCAUUAUACUGCGAGGUGCCGCAAAUCGUCGUCGACGCUGCACAGACCAGUGACGCGGCGAGCGCAUCCUUGAACUCCGGUGAUGGCGGAGGAGGCAGCCAAGUGGCGGGAGUGUCGAAUCGAGAGACCAUGUUCUCAAAGUUGUACGCAGUGCGCUUGGUCAGCGAGGAGGGCGCCAACGGUCUCACAAUUUACGACCGACAGACCUUCAUGAUGAGUCUUCAGGAGCAGCCUCAAGUUGUGAGCAUGUAUCCCAAAAGUGGCGCGGUGCUAGAUCCAGCGAUCCUGGUCACCGUGUUCGGCCAAAACUUUCCUUUUGGCGAUAUCGCCCUCGAUCAGAUGUUCACAGUCGCGAGUCGUGGCGCCUUGUGUAAAGUUGGUGACCAUCCAACCGGCAGCCAGCUGACAGAAGCGACGCCGGGCCUCUUCACAGCUCGAAUUCUUAGCCCUGGAAUUCUGCAGUGCAAUAUUACAGGAACCUAUACCGGUCCGCACAGCUUCGGGGUAUCGUUCGAUGGCAUGAACUUCAUCCAGUUGGACGAAGAAUUCCACUUUGUUCAACAUGACCACACAAUCUCCCCCGGUGCCGGUAUCGCUGCCAAAGUGCUCUUCGCCGGACUUCAGAUUCCGUUUAAGGGUCUGUAUGAUGGCGGAGAUCCGACACCCUUUUGCGACGUGUACGACAGCUUGGGCUUGUAUACCUACUCAACGCCGGCUGAAUUUGGCCGACCUGCGGCAGACAAAAUACUCGAGGGUGCGGAAGAUUAUACGAGAGCUUCGUGCCAAUUGGAUCGCGAAAACGUCACGGCAGUGCAGUUGCACCUUGCGACGGUGGGUCCCUUGACAGAGAAGUUUUCGUUUCUGACAACACUAGUGCCGAAAAUCGUGUUUGUGACACCAGCGACAGUGUCGGAACGUGGUGGUGCGACCUUGUUCAUAUCUGGGGACUUCUCUGCAGACAAGAUUCGAACGGAUGUAAGUUACUACUGCUGGUUUUCGCAUUCCCCGGAACUCAACGGCGAUCCGUUCUUCUCUGGUGUGCACUUCCAGAACGACACCAUUGCGAUUUGCGAAGCUCCGCCAGGGCCGUCGAUGCGCGUGCGGCUGAGCACAGAAACGGGCUCUUUGGCGAACACGGUGGACUUCUACAUCGCUGCAAGUUACACCCCAAUUCCGAUGUUCUCCUUGAAAAUUACAUACGUGCCAGACCCGUUGGUCAAUUACACGUUCCCGUACUUGGGCCACACAGGAGGCAGCGAGCCCAUCGCGCUGGUCGGGCGUGACUUCUUGCCAGAAGAAGUGUACAAGUUGCAGGUUGGACCCUCCGACGUGCCGUGUGCGUAUCGCAGUGACACCAUGAUAACUUGCGUGACGCCGCGAAACACGGAGUUCAAGAUGAGUAACGAGCGCACCAUUUCUGUCCAGAUCAAAGACGGGAACGACACCGCGUAUGAGGCUAACAACUACACGAUUCAGUACACUCCGUACAACUUGGAUCGGAUCGGAAACAAGGCGCCACUCGGUCUCUCCUUCAACGGUGGGCUUGGGUAUUACAGCAUGAGCCAGACUUUGGAGUACUUUGACCGUGUGAUCGAGCAGGAUGGCGCCACGGUCCUAGACAUUUCGGUGCCAGACAUCGGAGAGACUUUCGUCGGCUUGCCGCUGGUCGGAAGGCGGGGUCCGAAUGUAGCCAAUUUGUAUGAAAACGCAGCUUUGAUCAACGAGGAGAUCAUUUGCGACUUUGGCCGCGACCGCGCUUUUCCAGUAUUCGUGAACGGGAGCUACACAAUUUGUCCGACGCGCUACUACGCGGCUGCCGCAAGUCGCUACUUUCGCGUGUUGGACCUCCAACAUGAGGGCUUCCAGCUCACGCCGACCUACCGACUGCAGACGUCACCCGGGUUCGAUGUGAUCGAGGUCUUUCCCCUUACCAUUCCAACCUUCAACACCAGCUUUACGAUCGGCUUCCGCCAGGGCGCGCGUUCUGCGACCAAGUGCAAACUUGGCGGCUUUACUGCGUUGCUGCGGUCCGGCAAUCCCACCACGCAAACUGGCGACAUCUACGUGCGCAAGGACACCUUCAACCCAGACGACUUGACGGAUCAGCUGGUGUGCCAGAUUGAGACCAUGAACGAAGGAACUUUCAUGCUCGAAAUUGAGUGGGAAGGAACUGAGCAAUACAUCUCUACGGGCAUUCAUAUCGAAGUCUACAAUCGCGCGAGUGUGGCAGAGGUGAUUCCGAACUUCGCCUACCAGUCUCUGAACCAGACUGGACUGCUCAGACCGACGAUUGCCGCGGAAGCAACCGAAGCAAUCCGUGCGUCGAAUCUGGCGGGCCGCGAUGACAUUCAGGUCGACACCUACGUCGUGCAACUUUACGGUGAGUUCCCGUAUCAGUACAACUUUUUCGACCUAACGCGCUGCGGCGUCGGUCGGCAUUACGUGCGCGGACUCAUCGUGAGCCGUACGAAGGCCCUGUGCUACGUCCCCUUAGACUUGCUCUUUGAACUCGGUCCAAUGGAGGUGACUCUGUAUGCGAACGGCGUUCAUGCCAACAUCCGCCUGUUGCACAUGAACGAGUUCAGUGGUUUUACGCAGUACUUGGACACCUUGACAGUCGUCCCGCCUCUACGUGUCACCCGCACGCCUGACUACCGCACAGCGUGGCCGGGAAGCAGCCUUAUCUUCGAGGUUUCGGGAGCAUUUGACAGCAACGUGAUUGAUCUGGUCCUGUUGCCAGAGCGUUACUGGAACAGCACACUAGCCACAAACCCGAACUUGGAACGCGACGUAACUGACAUUGUGAUGGCCCCGUGCACUUUGGUAAAUGCGCUCACAAAAAUAGUGAUUGUGGUCCCGCACGACGUCACCACGCCCCGCACGCCCUUCGACGGCACUUUACCAAAGCGACUGACGUGCCUUCUGCCUCAAAGUCCUCUCACACCGGGAAUCUACCUGCCACGGUUCGCGGUUUCGAAGCAGAUCAUUCCGACCAUCGCACCCGAAGAAUUCUACGAAGAGCGGUUUAUGCUGAAACAGCCAGCGGAUAUUCGCGCAGUGGUUCCCGCUUAUGCGCUGAUCGGAAAGGAGAACCAGUACCGCAUCGAAGAGGAGGACUAUGGAUUGUCAGAGCUGGAAACGGAAGUGGACGUGAACAACGCGCGUAGCAUUUCGGAGCUCAGCGACGGUUUGAGUGCGCGCGCAGCACAGAUCGCGAGUGGACUGUGUUCGCUGUUCCCUGUGGCGGAAAGCACGAGCUCCAUCCAGUGGGGCAACGUUUUCGACAAUGGCAUGUGCGUUGGCCCAGCGCCAAUUGACUUAACACGAAAUGUGUUCCGCUAUUCGCCAAGUCACGAACCUUAUUUGGACUGGUCCGCCUGUAACUUGCGACUAGUCACUGUUCGCAUUUUCUCUGUCGAAACGAUGACGCCGAGCAAGAUACUUGGCCACGCGGACCCCGCCGACUCGCAACGGUACCUAGCCGCCAAUUUCCGUCCGCCGCUGGGGCAGAUGGGCCUCAGUCACACGGAAGACGAAGUCUGGUACGACACCGCGCAAGCCAAACUAGUUUUCAAUGGUUCGAAUUUCACAGAUGUGGCAACAUUGAUCCCGUCCGGAGUCUUUGCGUGCCGCUUCGACUACGACCACCGGUAUCUGACGAACGCAUCCGCUCUGUCUGUGUCACAGGCAGCGUGCGAGAUGCCAAAAAUAGACGUGUGGCGCGGUAAAGGAAAGGUGAAGGUGGAUUUGGGUCUGCUGAUAGACGGCGACAGCUUUUUGCCGGUCAACAAAGAGGCUUUCACGCUUGAGGUUUUGCAGUCACCCGCCAUCGUAGCGACCAAUCGGUUCAUCGUAUACAACACAACGUCGAGGGGACGCGAAGUUUUCCCGAGUGUUUCACCGCUCUACGCGAACUCGUACGUGGGUCGGGAGCAAUUCUUGACGACGAAUCCACUCGCGCAAGGCUACACAUUUGUCAUUUACGGACGAAAAUUUCCUACUGCGGACGCAUCUACAGCCAUGUGCGUCUUCCGCCUAACCACUGCUGGGGAGUAUGUCCCUCACGCGCAGAGACUGCACAAAACAACUGCGGUUUGCUACGACGCCAAGGUUUGCUACUGCUUGACACCAAAGGUGCCUGAGGUCGUCAUCGCUUCCACCACGAACUUAACGCUGCACGUUUCAAUGCGCUUCCUCUUCAACUACUACGAAGUGUCGAACUACCAUGAUACUGCAGAAUUCACGGUGCCAGUCGAGGUCUGGCAGUCUGGAGCUGCUGCGCCAAAGACUGCGAGUCGGAAGACAACGUACCGAAACUACCGCAAGAACAAGCUGGUCACCUUUGCUGCGUCUCUUCCAGCAGAGCACUUCAGGCCCUCGCACGACAGCAUGUUCGCGAGCUAUCCUGCGAGCGCGCCUUUAGAUCAGCCGAGGCAGCGGCUCUUUGUGCGUGUGUCCGCGCCGAUUGUGGAAUUUUUGGGCUAUGCGCCGUACACCUGCAAUUUCGAGGACAAGAACUAUGGCUACAACACAAGACGCAUUCUGACGGACGCUCAGGGACGCGACUAUCAGGAGGCAGACGUGUUCCGUGCUGUUGUCUCGGUUGGCGUUGCCGUCGACGAUUCGACGUUCUUCUGUCUCAUUCCAUCAAUGUCUGAGGCAAAGUCAGUCUCCGUCAGAAUUAUGUCGCCGCUGGGAAAGACGGUGCAUCUAGUCGACAACUUUCGCUACUAUGAGCCUCUUGUUGGUGGUGAGUUUGUGCUCAAUGGUAAGGACUUCGGUAUUACGACCAACGCGGCAGGAAUCGCGGUCGAGAAGACGUCCAGGACUGAGAGGAAUCCAUUGCCUCCGCGCAGCUACAAGAGCGCAAUGUUCAUCGGCUUCCGAACAGAAACGCCGACUGUGACCUACAGAUCGUUGAACAUGCAGUGCAUGUUCGAUUUUCGUCAUGCGGUUUGGCCUGCACGGAUCGAGUCCGACAGCAUCACUUGUGAUUGGGAUCGAUACGGCGUCGACCUCGCUGCGCGUUACAUGUACACGGACGACGACGGCAACCCUUUCGAGGACCUCAAGACGCCAAACUUCCUCUUGAACAAAACAAAAGUCUACUCGCGUCGCUUGCGCCUGCUCUACGACGGCGUGUACGAAUCCGAACAGUUUAUCGAUAUCCCAGUUGACCCUGAGACAGAGAAAACAAGACUCUUCGGACCAGAGUUGGACAAGAAAGAUCUCAGUGGCCAUCCGGCACCCAAAGUCGCUCCUCUUUCGAUGGAUCCCACGAGUCGGCCGGUGUUGGAUGCCGCCUCGCCAGCUCCGCGCCCGAUCGAUCACCACAACUUCUGCGACAGCGAAUUACUGCUCCUUGCGUCAGAUCCAACCAAAGGUCGCAUGCUCUCCGGUCUGCAACAAGUCACUCUCUUCUUCGAGUCUGUCGCGGACUGGCGAAAGGAUCCAAGCGACUGCCUUCUGCGUGAUGGCGUUCGAAGGCGCCGCAUUGCGGGUUGCUUCUUCGACGACUUCUUCGCGCCUGCGACGAAGUACGACCGCGACUACGUCAGCUGCCUUGCUCCGACAGUGCAAGACGCGCACCAAGCGGAUUUGUUUGCGGCGUAUGAGUACGAGUACUUGGAGAACGAAGACCGCGAUCGCUACAUCCGCUUCGUGGAGUACUUGCGAGAGGAUCGGGCCCUCCAGAUGUCCGCAGCGACAGACGCCUAUCACCAGAGCAGCGCAGACAGUCCGGUUUUGACACGCGCUGAGUUUCUGCGGCGCAGCAAACUUCCAAAACGCAGCCAAAUCGUCAAGGGCAGCUAUGCGCUUGCCUUCAUCUUCUACGAGCCGGAGACGGUUAACGAAGUGUACCUGGCGACCAACAACAAGGUGGUCCUUUCAAUGCAGCCCAAUCCGUUUCUGCAGUCCGACGACUUGUCAGUUCGCUUCGGCGACUGGCAUGGCACCUCCGUUCGCUACCUCGACAAUGCGACAUUUGAAGUCUCGGUGCCCCCGAUGGCGUCGAGAUACGCCGACAACAAUGGCAACUUCUCUUGGAAGUUGCCAGUGGAGUCUGGCCACACGUUUGCGUUCACAAGACAGAAUCAAAUGGUCAAGUCUUCGGUUCUGAGCAAUGGCACACUAAAAAUGGAUGGAAAUGUCAUGCGCAAAUACGACCUGACGCUGGAUUCCGACGAUGUCCUCUUUCACGGUAUGCUCCUGAACGUCGGUCUGAAAAUUUUCUAUGUUCCAGUAGACAACGUCGAAAACGCGCGCUACUUCUUGAGGUUCGACGAAGAUGACUCGGCUUCGGCAACUGCUGGCAGUGGCGCGACGGCGUCUUCAGCUGGCUCAGGGUUUGAGUUGGUGAAAGGUGCUGUUGAGCAAGUCGACCCACUCUACGUACGAAGAGUCAAGCCAACGGACAUGGAGGCUGAAAACUUUCGGGAUCUUGGCAAGCAUGACUUGACGUACGUCCAUCUUGAGCGCAAGAGACAGAAGAUAAGCCUGCACGGCAGUAAAAUGUUCCAGGUUGUCUACGCGGCUAGCGAGAUGGCGAAAGAGCCGGUAGAUGUGAUUGAGGUGUCUCUGCGUCAUCCAGCCACAGAAAGUGCGAUCUGCGUCGACGAAAUGACAGGACGCGUGGUGCAUCUAGAGAAUUUCGAGGCGCGAUGUCGCUGGCGGCUGGAUUUCUUCGACCACACAGCGAAGAGCAUAGCGUACACGAGCCGGUACUUGGAGUAUCUGCGUGCGCACGGUCCACGGGCGGCGCCGCACGCGGUCAACUUCCUGUAUACAGAUGGCGACCGCGUGGAGGGCUCCGUGCCUCCAGGGUCCAAUGCUACAGACCUAUCCGGACCGCCUGGCGGCUACAACGCGUUGCAGCUACAGCCAUCUUACAAUCCGCGCAACUUCGACGGCACGGCGUUCCCGUUGGCCCACUUCUCGAAGUACCCCUUCGUGCGAGAAGCAAAAUUUUCCAUGGAUGGUGGCAAGUUGUACUUUUCGCCCAACGCUUAUGGUGCCAUAGCCGGAAACAAAGCUAGUAAGAGCACUUUGGGUUACUCUAGUCCAAACGUAGUGGACUCGGCGGCCUGUCGCUUAGGCAACUACGGACCCUUUCCUGUGGAAGAGGCAGACGAUUACACCGCGGAAGGAAGAAGAGAAAUCUCGUACCGAAAAUGUGACAUGGUGACUGGUGUAGUGUCCGGCAUUCUCACGGCUGGAACCUCGCCAAACCCCCUGGAUAAGGCCAGUGUCUCGCGAUCUGCUUUCUAUGCGAGUCGCGCAGCAGGGUUUUAUGGUGGCACAGACACAGAGUUGCCAUUCGCAGUGGUCCAGAGCGGCAUCAACGCCACAGCAGAUGGCAACCUCCUGGAUUUCGACCUGAUGUCAAGCUUUGACACCAGAUUCACGAAGCCAGGUGAGUUCAUAGACGACGACGAGGACAAAGUUGGUUCAGUCUCAGCCCCAGACGCGACGUCAGUGAUUGGGGACAGCUCGUCUUCCUACACUGCUGGCGCAACACCAGCGUCGGACUCGGGAGAUGUUGCAACUCCUGCCUCCAAUGCGACAGCUACAACGAUUGAUAAAGCAGAGAAAGAUUCUGACUUCUACACCAUCAACAUUCCAUCAGACUCAUGGGGAAGUAUUACCAUUGCCGAAAUCGAGCCGAAGUAUGGCCGAAUGGAGGGUGGCACACCCUUGACCAUUCUUGCGAAGAUACCGCUUCUUGAUGAGCGCAUUUCGCCACUGGCUUCGUUGACGUGCAAUUUCGGCAACCUGUACACAACACCCGUAGACGUGAUUGCGCCGACGCUGCCGAAUGCAACUCGAAUCACUCUGAGCAACAGUGCAAAGGGUAAGACAACGUAUCUGUCGGUCCACACGAAUCCACACAACAAGGGAACAUUUAACCCAAUGGCGCCAAUCAACGAGUAUCCGCGACUAGGCCAGAGCUACUACACAGUUGCUCUCUCAGAUUCAGAGCAAGAGUGGGAGAUCGUGAUCCGUGACUCGCCGAUUCCACAUUACUACUACCUGUUCCACCCCGGCACGAAGUUGUUCUUGCAUGUAAAACCACAGUACGAGUACUGUACCGAGGAGAUCUCUUUGGCAGACGGCACGCCGUUUGGGCAUCCGAGAAAAGAGGAAUCCGCUGCAGCUGCAUAUCGCCGACGCAUGUCCAUGCACAACGGAACCGCGACUUUCGGUGUCAACACUGAGCCCAGCACAGUCAAGAACUGCACUACCUACUAUCGCGAAAACAGCACCAUGACCAUCGUGGAUUACGAAUUCGCGAUGAUUGAUCUCGACAACAACUUCCGCGUAAACACUGAACACACACCGGAGCCAGGAUUCAAGCAGACAGAUGCUUUGUUCGAGUUCCGCGUGGGCCAAGCCUCCAAAUUGUUAGGUGGUGGCGCCGAAUUCGGACUCUGGCACGUGAAGAGCAACACCUAUGCUGAAGCGGUGCAAAAAUUCAACGUUUCGGCCUACACAGAUUCUGACUACGACAACUCGCUUUACUCGCUACCACCACACACCGAGAAUGUGACCUUCGACGUCGCCCCGCCAGUCCGCGUGAAGCCGCGACGCUUGAUCACCCACAUGUACGGAAUUCAAGACCGCUUUCAAUUCGUAAGCGAACUGCGAUUCGGCAUGACCAUCCGAGAGACGCAGUAUCCUUGGUGGAGCGCGCUUCGUUGCAAAUCCCCGCCACACAAUGCGCAGGAAGUCCUGCCUGUGAUUAUCUCAACGGGCGCUGGCGAGAAUCGCGACAACGCCUUCGUCAGGAAUCUGACAGAGCAGACGACCGGUUCUGUUGGUGGCAUCGUGAAUAUGGGUAAAGCCGCGUUUGAGUACAUUCCAAACUUCUACAUCGAGGACUACUCGCCAAAGCAGCUAUUUGACGUGGUCCACGUGGAUUACAAGCUGAUGCCAAUUCGCUACGUCACGUUUACGGUUGGUGACCUGAAUCGUCCUGGGGAGCGCAACUUAGCGAAUUCCUGGACAAGGUACGAGCCUUGGUGCAACGUGAACACGCAAAUCGUACGUGGUCGCUGGAUUGCUCGUGACAAGUUGCAGUGCCCGAUCAUCCGCACGCUGCCUUUGCUCGGCCGCGCGCGCUUCUUCCCGGAAUCGGGGGAAAGUAAUCCCACUCCGCUGGUGAAGACCUACAUGCAGGAUCCGGACCAUCCGGCCAACUACACUGUGUUGGAGUUGCUCCGCGGGCCUUCGGUUCCGCGCCCAGAAAAUUUGUACGUGCUGCAGCCUGGAGAGGUCGGCCCCGCCAGAGACUACUGGGAUGACUUCUACGUGCACACCACGGAGCGCGCGAACCACGAAUACUACGUGGGCUUCUCCCUCAACGGACCGGACGGAGACUUCGUCUUUCCGGAGGCAGGAAGUUACCGAAAACGAGCCAAAGCCGAAGAGCAAGCCGCGCGCGCGGAUGAAGCAAACGUGCUGCGAUUGUACCCGGAAACUGGUACUGGGUUACCUUACAAUUCCCUGGCUGAAGAGAAGAUCCCGAACCCAACGAAGGUCCUGCAGAUCCCGGUGAUCAAGUUCUCGGUUCCCUUCUCAGGCUUCCCGUUGUCACUUUCUCAAGACGGUGGACGGAUCACAGUCUCAGGGCUAGACUGGAACGAUGACUUGGUGGAACUUGCGCGGCAAAACAUUUUCAAACUCUUCUUGAUUUACGAGUUCAGCACUGUGAGCAACGACCUCACCAACGAGGAGCAUCCUUGCUUCUACGUUUCACGUUUGGACGCGGCAUGCAAUCGCCCUUUUAUGUACGACGAAGCUCUUCUGCCCACAACUGUUAUUCCGCUAUCUGUUCGGGCAGUGCUCGACUCGGCCGACUACGUUUUCGCGCUGCCGUUUUCGGUCAGCUUUCAGGACGUCAAUUUGGUAACGCACGUCUUCCCGAAAUAUGUCCCGCUGGUGCGCGACUCAGACAUUGCUUGGCAAUCGGAGUACAAGGCUGCUGAUGUUUCAAACGGCAUUGCCCGGAGCACUGAUCUCACGCUCUUCGGCGGACCGUUCAACCCGUUUCUCCCAUACGUCUGCGUCUGGUUCAGACCGUUGGGCGAGGCCCUUGCAGUUACAGAGGUUGUGUACUCUGCCACUGACCGGCUGUUGUGUAAGACUCCCAAUAGCAAGAUCCCGAAUGACAUGGAAACGACAGUUUUCGUGUUCCCAUCCUUCAAGCUGCUUAACUUCCCGCCGGCCACGCCUGGCGCAGAUGUCGCGGCGGAUCCGGUGGCCAACGUGCUGCAAACCAGUGUGGAAGACAUCUAUGAGGACUUAGGUGGUCUUGCUAUCGGUUCCGGCGCGGUCUCCUUCUACAGCGCGCCCGUAAUCACGUCGAUGUAUCCAAGUUCUUGUGGCUUAGGCAAGGAGCUGCAAAUGACUGGUUUGUACUUUGAUCGUGUGCCCGACAAAAGCAGCAUCGAAUGCACGUUCACUGACAUCGGUAGCCCGCGCUCAGACGCGUAUUUGCGGCAGACGCACUCCAAGAUGUCAACCGGAUUGGUGGUCGAAUCUGUGCUGGCCAGUGAUUUCACGAAUAUGUUCUCCCGUCAAGAGUCGUACGCAAGGUGCGCUUGCCCGAGUCGCGACCUCCUCGGAACUUCCCAACAACUAGUCUUCCAGUUGAUGGCGAAUGGUGUCCAGUUUGUGACGGAGCCACAGACUUUAGCGGUCGAGCCUGCGCCGAGCUUCCUGAAGUUGCCGCAGUUCGUCGACAUGGAUAUGCCGACAGCUGAACAGUCUCCGCCGCAACUGCUUCAGUACGGCGUAUCGUCCGGUGCUCUGCUGCCGCUCUUCGUGUCACCGAGCUCGGCGUACUCGGCGCCGUCAGGCACGUACCUGAACCAGGGCGGCGAAAAGACGCUCUUCUGUCAGGUAGCAAACGUUGCUGGGCGCGUCUUAGCUGUUGACGCUCGUUUUGCGUCACAAGCUGGCGAAUUCUCACCGCAGUCAUUGUUCGGGAGCAGCGCCGCCAGACACUAUUGCCAUCUGCCACAAUUCGUGCUGCGUAACGAAACGUUGCCGUCAGCAGAAAUGUUCGCCAGUUUUGACGGCGUCAUGUGGUUCUUCGUGAAUAAGGUCACCGUACAAAAAGCGCCGUACCUUAGAGAGUUGCGGGCACCACCGGGCUUAACAGAAGGCGGCUUGUACCGCAAGGACGAACUUUCCUACGGCGACAUCUUCGAGAAGGGCUACAUGGAAAUUGGCACAGUCAUCGGAGAAAACUUUAUUCCCGGCUGUCAGUGCUUGUUCUCUGCGGACUACGUUGACGAUACCAGCAACCAGAUUGUAGAUCUGAUGGACCGCAAAAAGUACACGGUCUCAGAGCACUCCAGUGUGACAUCGGACACGGAGAUUAUGUGCGCUUUCCCUCCGAAGCUUUUUUUCGCCAGGUAUUUGGUCUCAGUAGCAUGCCCGCCGACAACGAUCGCGCAGAACUCGUUGUGGUUCAUUCCGCCAAACAGACUGCCGAAGAUCAGGCAGAUCUAUCCGGAAUCGAUGGGCGCCUACAUCAACCAGACAGUCACAAUUUACGGCUACAACUUCCACAGCUACAUCGGUCGCAUCAAGGAGCAUAUGAAGAACCGCUUUGACGAGGAUCCGACACGAGAGGACUUCAAUGCCAUGAAUUCACCACUGCGCGUGCGGUUCUCUGGUUAUCCAAUUGGCAGAGCCGACAACGACUUUCCGGUGGAGAUUGUGUCUGACACUGUGUUGCGGGCCAACCUAUUUUUCAGGUUUGAUCCUCCGCCGAGGUACGUCAAACCCGGCUUCACGCGUCGCGAUUACAAUUUCCGCGUUCGCGUGACGCUGUUUCUCUCCGAUGUCAACCAAGAAACCAACUAUGUCGAGUUGGACAUCCGAAGACCAAGUAGUGCUAUUUUCGUCUCCGCUGCGCCACUGCAGAUCGCGCCUGAAGGUACGCGCGAGUACAGUUUGACUGUUCGCGGUCACAACUUUCACUACACUGACCUGGAGCGGCAGUUGGCGAUCAGUAUGGUUCCGUAUCCGUACAUCUGGUGCCGCAUCGGCGAUAUGGUUACAGAUGCAAUGGUGCGCAACGACACUUUAGUACAAUGCCGCGUACCGGCAUCGUUCUCUCAACAGACCGCGAUCCAAGUGAUCAACAUCAAAGAAGGCAUCUCGACGCCGAUUCUGCCCUUCCAAUAUAUGGCAACACCGCAGAAGCUCUUUUUCGGCCUCGACAACCUGCCAUACAAGCUGACACCAUACGAGGGUCUGACGGUUUGGGGCGCUCUGUUUCCGAUCGGCAGCGACGAAUGUGAGCUGUACUUCGACUCACUGCCGACGCCAGCGCUGGUGCAGACGUCUGAGUUGAUCACAGUGACAAUUCCGCGCUUCAGCGCCGCCAUGAAGGUGACGCUGACUCUGCGUUGUGGGGCCGCGCAGGUGGGUAUGCCCCAGAACUUCUACUUCACGGAUAUGCCAGAGUUGCACGCCAUCUAUCCCACGAAGUUCAAUGUUGAAGGCUACGAGUGGGUGACUCUGCACGGCGCACACUUCUCAGACACACAGUAUCUGACGUGCAUCUUCGGUUCACACGCUGUUUCUGGCACAGACAAUGUGGCAUACCUGAGUCCCAGUUCGAUCAAGUGUCGAACACCUGAGUUCGUGCCAGCAGACACAAUGGUCACGGUGCAAGUAAGCAUUGACGGCGUAGUCUUUGCAAGCUUGAUGGAUCCCUCACAACCUCAAAAAUCCGCGAUGGUGCCGCUGACCGCGCGUAUUCGCGUUCUCUCAGUUAUGCCACGCAUCAUCACACGCGCGGACACGACCACGCUCAAAGUGCGGGGUAAGAACUUGAUGCCUGGCAUGUAUUGCUUCUUUGGAGGUAGCAUCAUGGCUCCCGCCACGAUUAUCGACCAGAACAACGCAGACUGCACGCUGACCGAUGAGACCACCGAAUACGCACUGAAUCAAGCGGGUGGCACUGGCUUGGUGCAGUUGCAGCUGAUUUUGCCUUCAGAUCCCCUUCGAUUCGCGUUUUUCCAUGUGGCCGAACACGUGUUGUCGGUCAAGGUACGCGAACGGCCGAUGUUCUAUUCGUUGACGCCCUUCUUUGGAAGCACUUACGGCGGGACUGAGGUCACAAUCAAAGGCAAGAAUCUGCAGCCCGACGCAGAGCAGGGUGCAGAAGUGCAAUGCUUCUUCUGGUUCGGACGGCCUGUCGUUGCUAGCUUUGUCAAUGACACGGCUAUUGUGUGCACGACCAACGCCGCUCUUGCGCCAUCGCAGGUCUGGAACCAGGAAGUCUAUGUCCAGUACCUCAACAAAUUUCUGCGCGUCUAUGCCUCAGAGGCACAACUGGAUCCACGUCCAUACAAUGUCUCAACCUUCACCGAGGGGCUUGAGGAACCGAUGCAGCUCUCGACUGGCCUGGUCUUCAACUUCGAACCGCCGCCAGUGGUCACGCAGAUUCAACCAACUGUAGUGGCACAGCACGACUACAUCUUGGUCAGCGGGCGCAACUUCCUGCGUGCCGGUGUCAAAACGCACAUGCGCUGCCGGUACAGGCUGAAUCUCGAUAAUUUGAAUACCACGGCGGAACAGGCACAAGUCUUGCGCAUGAACAACGAUAUUUCAGAGACUAAGGUUCUAGCCACGAUCGUCAACCACGACUUGAUGCGGUGUAAAACGGUGCUGGUAGGCAACGUGACGGUAGACGUGACGAUUUCCAUUCAGGAAAACCCACUGCUUGAAUGGUCCAAUGAUCUCGAGAUCAAAGUGUACGAGGCACCCAGUGCGUUCCAGACGCUGGAUUUGGCAAUGGCGACAGUGCGCAAAGAAGCGGCGGCCCAGGCACUCCUCGAGGCUAACCAAGCUGCGGGCAUUGCAUUCAACUUGACCACGACCACGACGACCACGCCCGACCCAUUUGCUCCCAUUAGCAACGAGACCAACGAGACGCUGGCCACAUUGGUCUACCAUCAAGCUGUGCAGACCAUUGCAGUGGCCCUGAACUUGGAAAAGUGCGAGGACAACGAGAGUGGAGAGUGCCUGCGGCCACCGCCAGGCGGCCUCUUUGCCCCGAGAAAUUGCCAAGAGUAUGCAGCUCAAGGCGGAUGCUUCUCUCUGGUGUUUGACGGCUGCUGCCAGAAGACAUGCGGCAUGUGUCCUGACGUGCUCUCGCAGAACUCACGCAAUCUGGUGUGCUUGAUCGUGGAUCUCGAUACGGACCGCGUUGUUAUCGUUCCGCGCCGGGCUGGCGGCGACACAACGUUCGGCGUCGACGCGCGCGUGACAACGAAUAUGACCGACAAUCUGGUGUUGUCAAACUGCGUGACACAGCCGCUGCCGCCGAAUCGUCGCUACUACGUUAAGGUCGCACUGCUUUCGCGCAACUACGAGAACGUCUUUGACCGGAGUGCGUACUUUGACAGCUUCAGGAACGCAAUAACAGAACAGCGAACGAACGUGACGCGAUUACAGGACGAAGAACACGAUAUUUUCGCGAUUGCCGCCACUGGCGGCGCACCGAUGCUCACUUACUCGGGUGGCGUGGCGCAAAUGCUCGAACGCAUGUUGUAUCCCAAGUUUGGCCAAGCAGGAACGCCCUUAGAGAUCUACGGUGUGGAGUCGCAAUAUGUGCGAUUCUGUCGAUUCGGUUCUAUCGAUCUGGUGGCUACGACGCCAGGUAGCUCGCCACCGUGUCUCGAAUGGUGCGUAAACGACGCUGCGACAACCGUCCCGUACUGCUGCAGCGAGCUUGCGCUCGGGGAGCGGUUGACAGUGACCGCGAAAGCGCUUGGCCCGAAGGCCAUCGAGUGCGUGGUACCACAGAUGCCGUUGCGAUCCAAACUUCAGGGACGCGUGCCGCAGAUCGAUGCCGCCUUCCCGAUCUUCUUGGGUUACACAAAGGACGUCAUGUACGACUCACGCUUAAAAUUCUAUUACGAGCCGGACUACCAGAUCACGCGGAUCACACCGCAGCGUGGAACCAAGCGUGGCGGAGUACGUGUCGAGCUCGAAACAACCGCCGUUUGGCUGUCCGGAUUCCCUCGACGCGCCGACUGCUUCUGCCGCUUCUCCUCGCCACCUGGUCAACCUCUGACCCACGACUACGAGCGGCCGGCAACGUGCGACUUCGCGCUCCGAAUCAUCAACUGCACGACACCGGAAGUGCCUGCGCCCACUCUGCUAAAGGUGCAAGUCGCGCUUGCGGGCCAGCUUUACGGUUACCAUCAGUGGAGCGUUGAGCCGUAUCCAUACUUCGAGUUCUACAACGAAGAAGAGCUGCAAUUUGUGAACAUCUACCCGCCACUCGGAAGUUUACAGGGAAACAACACUGCUGACAUCUAUGCGACAGGGAACUAUCCAAUUCUGUUCAACGACUUCUACAAGAACGUGCUGGAACCCUACCGUUUGGCCAACUUCGACCCAUUUGCGAUCUACGAGACGCAGCCGGAGUCGAAUUUCCCGACCCCAGUUACGUAUUGCCGGUGGAACAACGACUACAUCGUCAUUGCGGAUCUCCUCUCCAGCACGAAAUUGACGUGCAACGUGCCAUCGCGCUUUAUGUUCUGCCAGAACCAGCUACCGACCGAAAAUAUUACCAAAAUAUUAGCGGACCCAGCAAGCGCAAUCCCACCAGAUCCGUGCUACAACGGCACCUUGUUCAGUCUGGAGAUUUCCUUCGCGGGAAACCCGCCGAACUUCAUGCCAGUGAAAAACCUGGAGUUCAUCCAACACGACCUCAUUUCUUACCAGCAGGAGUACCAGUUGGUGAUCGACCCGCUCUACGGAUUUGGGCAGGUCACACUGUACGUCCAGGGAACGAACUUCCGCGCAGAAUUGCCGGAACUGCCAAACUGUGUGUGGAACUACGGUAGCUUCAUGACGCUGGCCACGGUGUACAGCAGCACAUAUCUGGAAUGUCAGGUGCCCACUUUGCAGGAGAUUGUCAGUCCUGAGGAGUUUGCGGCCAUUCAGCUACCGCACGACAUCAACGUGGACAUCACGUUGGACGGCGGGGAGACACGCAGCUACUUCUCUGUCAUUUACCAGUUCAUUGCGCACUUCCAGACACAUACGCUGUCGCCGAACCGCGGUAUCUGGUCUGGCGGAACUCCAGUUGAAGUUGUGGGAGACUUCUUCAUCAAGUCCCCCCAGUUGUUCUGCAAGUUCGGCGAUAAAGAGGUUAGAGCAACCUUUGUUUCGAAACUAUUGCUUACCUGCGUGGCACCGCCGCUGCCGAGACCCGCUACCGCAGACGGCAUCACCGCGUAUCCGUUUUCCUACUCUGUGGACGAGCAGCGCUACAUGCCUGCCCUCGAUCAGGAUGGCAACCAGCUCUACUGGUACGCGAUGGAGGAGCCGCAGUUGAACAAGAUCGAACCCGAUGUUGGCCCGUACACCGGCGACAUCAACGUCACAAUUACAGGCAAGUUCUUCCAAGACGUUUCUUACCUUUCUUGCUCUUUCGGCGUCUUCAUCACGCCUGCGCGCUACAUCAACGCGACGGCGGUGGGCUGCGUGGCGCCACCAUGCAAGGACGCAUUUGGUACGAGCGUGUCGAUGACAGAUAACGGUGUGUGGCAAGCCUGCUUCGGCACCGUUGCUGUGCGCGUGACCAUGAACCAAGAAGAAUUCUACGGAAAUUUGGCGUUUGAGUACACGAACCGGCAACGCAUUCUCAAGGUCUAUCCGUGGUCCACAAGCUUCGAGCCUAUCGAUCUGGACGUCCUCAUCAACGGCACACACUUCAGUGUCUACGGCAUGUACUGUCGGUGGAGCACCCCCGACGGAAGCCACUUGCCGAGUGUGAAAGCCGUUGAUGUAGAGCUAGAAUCGAUGCGCUGCCGCGUGCCGGGUCUACCGCCAGCGUAUCAGCUUGACUAUAGUUUUAAUCCGCCGGAAAUCCGCGAUACCGUCCUGGGAUAUCUCGAAAUUUCGCCGAACGACCAGGACUACACACGGGACCGCCUUCCCUGGACUUGGUACAGGCCAGCCAUGGUGAAGAAGGUCAUGCCGGAAACGGUUUACCAUGGCCAUCCUGUUCAGGGUUACUUCGUGGUUACAGGGCGCCAUUUCCGCCGCCUCGACGCCGCACGCGAGCUGCAGUGCCAGUGGUUUGCAGACUCGACCAAUCCAGAGAACUACGAGUUAGUCCAGGCUCACUAUCUGAGCCCCACAGAAAUCAAGUGCCAGCCCACGCGGCCGGCGCUCGUCACAGACCCGGAGACGAACGUGAACAUUCGGCUGGAAGUCGGCAUGUCGCAACUAACCUACAGUGUGUCCCAGCAUACAGUGAUCGCAGAGCCGUACGUGGAUUUGGUGCACCAUAUUGAGCGAAGCCCGGUCAAUCCACUGAUUGACGUGGUGUUUCCGGCACUCGAUUUCGACUACGACGACUUGAAUUUGGGAGGGGCACCGCGCUGCGUGCACUUAGGUGGUUGCACUUUGGGUUUGCGCGGCCACAACUUGUGGAACCCAGCGUUGAACCAUCUGAACCGACUGUAUGUGAUUGUCGGAGAUUCGAUCGUCGAAGCUCGACACUGGUUCGCUUAUCCCUAUGGUUCCCGGCGAAAAUACGGUACGUUCAAGGUGCCUCCGGUACCACACGCGGCGCCGCUGGUGAAGAAUUCAGAGGUGUUUGUCACCCGCAACUUGCAAGACCUGUCGACGCGUCGCUUUGACUAUCGCGUCACUUACGUCAAACUUGACGCAGGUAGGUACUACCGACCCGAGCUGCAGAAUGGUACAGCGAUCAAGUGUCCCCGUGGUCACUUUUGCGAGGGCGCGCUGCAGACCAACUUCUCAGAGUGGCUGGUUCCGCCAACCGAACCGGUUCCCUGUAAGACUGGCACGUUCCAGAACUUCACAGGGCGCGGAGACUGCCGCGUCUGCGAAGAGGGCACGACGUGUCCGGAAACCGGAAUGGGAGAGCCCGUGGAGUGCGCUUUGGGCUACAUCUGUUGGACCAAGAACGGGUGGGACGCCAACAUGCCUCUCUGUCCGGCUGGUAAACUUUGUCUACGACCGCCCUACGGCAAGGUACGACAUGCUGUUGAGGUCACGAGUCGCAUUCGUCGCUUAUUGAUUGCCAGUGAGACAGGCGAUCCGCGAUAUCUCGAGAAGCUGCUAGAUCUCGUGCAGGACGACGAUAUGACUGAUUUUCUUUCUUCGACGCAAAUCACGCAAGAGGAGCGCAAAAUUCUGCGCAACAACCUCGUGAAGCCUCGCCUGCUUCAGAAAAUUCGUCGCUAUAACGAAACUCUUCAGGAGGAGCGAAGAGCGUUGGGACUCGACUCCAGGGGUUGGCACAGAUCGCCUGAGCUCUUCUACAAGUUGGAUUCACAACAAGGGUUUGGAGCAAGGGUACCAAAGCCGAGCAUCUUCGGAGUGCCUGGCGUCGAUGAUCCCGAAGACACAGAGCGCCAGUUCAUGGAAAAGAAGCAACAAGCCAAGCGCAUGCUUCGCCGCUUUGUUCGUGCAGACGGUACAGAAUAUACGAUGCCUCAGGCCCACGAGCGUUUCCAGGUUCGAGGGCGGCGUGCCGGCACGCGCACCAUGCUCCGUGACUACGCGCCAUCGCAGCGGUCGAUCUUUGACGACAGCAAGGUAGGCAGCGAUCCUCUGGACGAGGAGGAGGAAACGGACGUCAACACUUUGCAUUUUUACGAGUUCAUGAACCACUACUACUACGAUCCAGAGGAGCUACAAUAUCUGUUCGAUGCGAAUCGUGAAAUCUGGGAUACUUUCUCGUCCGCAGACAGACGUCGCGUGCUUCUAGGCAACGUUUUGGGUGCGAAACCCGAGGAAUUGCUCGGCAGCAAGAAAGAUGGCAGUGCUGUGGAGUCGACAGGGUUUCUGCCUACUCCCCAUCACUACGGGCCGAUGGGCCGCGGCGAUAGCGACAUUCGGCAAGAUGGCUUGGACAACAUUAAGCGCUUGUUGGCACAGAAGCGCCGCGAACUGCGCACAGCGCCAACCUACACCUCGAUUCCAGUCGUCACCGUUGAUUGCCCGGCUGGUGUGUAUUGUCCACCAGGAAGUCUCGGACAACAGAACGAGGAUGGUACUUUCACCGUCGUGGCCGCCUCACAGUGCAACAUUCCCGGAAUUGUAUGUGCCGCUGGUUCGUCCAUACCGGUUGCCGUGGAUCAGGGUGUCCCGCCAGGCUUUUUCGUCGACACGGCAACUGGCUUGCUGCAGGCUUGUGCCGAAGGUUACGCGUGUCCUGGUGGCUUUGGUACUACGGGCACGCCACAAGCUUGUCCUCCGGGUCAGUACCUUGACGGCGAGUCCGGAACUCAGUGUCUCACUUGUACCGCAGGUACGGUUUGCGCAGGCUACGGUGCGCCGUUGCCGGAUCCGUGUCCCGCUGGUAAAGUCUGCGUCUUCCCGGGUCGUUCGGGUUCGACAUUCGACUGUCCCGCAGGUAGCUACUGUCUGCCGGGUACGUUCACGAUGAACAGCGACUUGGAGCCGAAACCUCUGCCGCCGCUCAGUUCGCCAACCCACUGUACCGUUGGAACAUACUGCUCGCCUGGUACGGGUAAGAUUGAAGUUGACGAUUUGGACCCGAUGGCGCCGAAGAACUGUGUCGAGGGUACGUUCUGUGGCAUGAACGUGACUGACCCUGGUGGUACCGACAACUGUCCACUCGGUUGGUACUGCGAGCGUGGUGUGGCCAUUCCGAAACCCAGUCCGCCUGGUCAUUACGUCUUCGAUCCGGGUCAGCAGUACCCAGCGAAGUGUCCUCCAGGUCUGUACGCCGACGUGUGGGCCAGUGUACAGUGUAAGCCUUGUCCGGCCGGAUUCGAGUGCGGAAGCGAUGGAACCGAGAUUCCCGUGCCGUGUCCCGAGGGAACUUACCGUGACGCUUUGGGCGAUCCCUUGGAGAACGUCUUCUGUAGGCCGUGUCCCCAGGGAACAUGGUCGCCGGCGACGCAGGUCAAGCGCGAGGAGGAUUGCUUGGAUUGCGACGAACGAUAUGUCUGUUCCAUUGAGGGUAUGGUUCGUUUUGCGACUAUCGAACAGCCGUGUCCACAGGGUGCAGCACCGACGGAAAUUUGUUACCAGAACUCGUUGGGUACGGACUGCCCGCCUGGUUUUGCCUGCGCGCAAGCCACAACGCAGUAUACAGCUGGCGACUUUCCCUGCGAGCCAGGUUACUACUGUGCACCGCGAACAGUGCCGCGCGAAAUGCGUAACUUGCUCUGUCCGGCCAAAUACUUCUGUAAAGAAGCAACGCGAUCCUCAGCCAAGAACCAGUUUCCGUGCCCAGCGAACUUCUUCUGUCCGGCAGGUACGGCUGCUGAGUCGAUCCGUCCCGCGGGAUCGAACAGGCUGGAAACCAAGUACUACAACGUACGCGCGUGCGACGCGGAUAUGACGAUCAAUGUCGAAACCUACGCUUGUCAGUUCUACACUUUUAACGGUCCGGCAACAGAAGCACCAGCCAUCUUCCCGCGCGCGAUUGAGAAGGCGCGCCGCAUUCUAAAGGUCCUCGGACUGGAUUCGCGACCCACUCAGGAAAUGGACGACACAACGGCCAGGAGUAUUCUUGCGGAGUACAUCCUGGACGUCGAGACUGACAGAGACCGUGAGGCAAGACAACGCGCUGGUGCGACAACAGAAGAGCUAACAUCGGAGGAGCAGUCGCUGUUGCACACUCGCACGAAAGUCACGAAAGAAGCGGCUCACGUUUUGCUGAAGUUCGCACCCGAUAUGGACGUGCCUUCGUUGUCGUACGAGCACGCGAGGCAGCUGCAAGAGAUGCACCAUGCGCCAGACCCUUAUACACCGCGGCCGGUUAUCUACGAGAUGGCUGGCAACAUCGAUGACCCGACGCUCUAUCCGGCCAGUGCCUACCACUUCAUGGACAUCGUCUUGAACGCCGAGUUUGAGACGGCGAACGCGCCUGAGGACGAGUACGACCCGGAUCUGGAAUUGGAGCCUCUCUUCAUGCUGGACGACCUGAGCGACCGCUCGCGGUGGUUCCGCGGCAACGUGGAGCCACGCACAGAACCGGUCUAUUUACAUGACAUCUACGGGCUGGAUGAGGUGCGAUACGACCAGGAAACGACUUUUGAGGGCAUGUACAAGACGGGUGGCGUGGAAGAGGCUCUGUAUGCUGUGACGAAGGAACUCGUGAUGAACGCAACUUGCCGCACCAUGUUCUACAACUUCAUGCUGAAGCAUGUGGAGUCCGUCGCCUUUAAGAUGGCAGACGCCACGUUGAAGGAGCUCGGCCCCGAGUACUAUCAGAUCGACUGGCACGACGUGGAGGACGUGGACAACUUGCCGGAAAUGCUUCGUGGCGCGAGCUGCGCCACGCGCACGCUUGUGCGAACAUUUAAGAAUCGCAUGAUGCAGUUGAUGGCGAGGAAACGGAAGAAUGGGAUGGCGGACAUCGUCGAGGAGAGUCGUUCGAGGCUCUUCCCCUAUCUGCGCGAGCUGCGGCAGCGCAUCGGGAAAGUGCGCGACGAAAAGGACCUCACGGCUGCUCAAAAGAGAGCGGAGGUUCAAAAACUGAAAGGACGAGGAGCGACUCCUGCAGGAGUCGCAGGCCGUGGACUUCCAGUCAUAGACGAAGAUGAUGAGGCUGCUGCAGAUGAACAACGAGGACCGACUACCCUGGCUUCUGCCAAGCGGCGCACAAUGGGCUCCGCUACUCGAGGGAGCACGGGUGAGGACGGAACGCACUCCCAAUUGGGCCUGUUGCAGACCAAGCGAAGCGGUGCUGCGACCGACUCAAACGAGGAAGGAGAAGGGCCAACGGCAGUGCCUCGCUCGUAUGGUGCAGCCGCGAAUGCUCUUGCGAUCGCUGAGGAGAUAUUAGUUCGCAGGGAGAUGUCACUCGAGCACCACGCAGCGGCACCCACGGCACUCUUUCGUGUUGUCGCACCCGAAGCGUGGUUUGAGGCAACCGGCAUCGAUCUCUACUACGACUUGCGCAUGGAAAAGCAGAGGGACAAAGAUGCACAGAACAUGCUCGAUUACGAGCGAGACGUCAGCUUGGACGAGCUAGAGCGGAGAGCCAGGGACAUCGUCGGAAGGGGUGCAACGUCCUACGACAUCUCGAAGCAAAUGCAGGCGUUGCAGUUCAACGCAAUGCGCAGAAAAGCAGACCACAUGGAAAGCGAAAGGCGCCGAAACAGACAGCUCCUGCGUCAAGAAGAAGCCAGACGACGUAAAAACUGCAACAAAUUUGAAUUUUGAUCAUGUUUAUGCUGGAUUCUACUCCGUUUUCUGAGAUUAUACAAGUCUGACGUUAAGUCAAUGAGUUGUUGAGCUGCAGUGCUUUCAUUAUAUUGGACAAAGUACUUACUUCAUCACGCUUGUUCUUCUUCAUCUUCUUUUAGUUGGUGCUUAUUAUUCUAAUAGGAAGGUCAUCCUUCUGUCUCCUUGUUCUCAACAUCCUCCCCGAAGUAAAUGAGAGUGAUUCUCUCCUCCACACAAAAUAAUUUCAGGCAUGCAGAUGGGUGGCCAGGUCGGUGCCAACAGCACAGUGAAGCAUAAGGGCAAAGAGAUUAUGCUCGACACGCAGCAAAUGCUAACAGUGACCGAGUACGAGAUUUCUGAGGAAAAGUGGUACGCGAUCCCUAUCGUGGACCCUUAUACCAAAGCUCUCUGCCGAUUUUGCGACCCAGCCAAGGAAUCCCUGCUUCCCGGUGCUUUUGUCUACGACAAUCUCAAUUGUCCGGUUUGCGACUACCAUUACGAAUAUCGAUCUCUCAAGUGUCCAAGGGGUACAGAGUCCCUGUUCAAUAGUGAGCGCCCAGAUGACUGUAAGCAGACUGGCCAAGUGAUUGUGGCGAUUAACGCGUAUGUGUGCUACCCGCCACGAGAGUGCUGGGAGACGCGCUAUCGAUUCGAGCGCAAGGAUAUUCCGUUGCCGAAAGAGCAGGCGGAGCUCUACAUUCCUUCGACUUUAUGAUAAGUUUCUUUGAUGAUGAUGAUGAUGAUGAUGAUGGACGGCCUCGAUCUCUGGCAUUAUCAAAUCUUUAUUUGCUUGGAGAAUUUAUUAGAGCGGACAGGUUCAGGUAUACAUAUUUGAUAUUAAUAAGUUGGAACUUCAAUUUUUUGUCUUUUUCGAGGCAUGAACCUGGACGCAGCCAAAAUCCCAAUUCUGCUCGUCAUCAUAUUUAGAUUUAUUCACCGUUGAGUUUCUUCAUGAUACACAGAUAGUAGAUUGAUAAGGCAAGAACUAUAUCAAGAGCAGACGAAAAUCUUCCCCUUUCAUGCUCUGGCGAAUUUUGCGGCCCGCUUCUUCCGGUGCACGCUUUGUGUGGUAUGAACUAUCCGCAGACCGGCCAGCCAUUGGAGCCCAACAAGGCAAAUGCGCUUAUCAAGAAGAGUUUCCUGUGGGGCAGCCCGAUUCCAAAUUCCAACCGCGUGGUGUCCUUCCUAGGUUACGAUCCGGACAUUGAGUGCGUGUCGUUCCCACAGGACUGCACCUGGCCCGUGCAGAAGGUUUCCAUGAAACCAAUGGACAUGAUGGUGUUGCAAUUCAACUUCACUAAAGUGCACCGCGACAUCCGUUACAACGCCGCUGGCGGAGGCCACUACCUGUUGUACAUCAUGACCAGCGCGUACGAGGACAUUCUGCUGGGAGAGGGUGCGACGAGCAGGCAACGCCUCUUGGAGGGCCACACGCUGCCGCCCUACUUCACGCGCGAGAAAAACAGCAACUUGCACCACUACUUCGAAAUUAAGGUGUUUGCCUUGGUGGCUUUGGACAUCCGCGUUGAAAUCCACUUGCUGCACGGAAUUCACUUGGAGCGACUGAGCAGCAUGAAUGAGACCAUCGACUUGAAGAUCUACUCGCCGUACCGUACUUGGGAUGGGUCGCGUAAGUUCUUUGUUGCUCUGCUAGACAAGGAUCUUCUGAACAACGGUGAGUACGAGCUGCCCUACAAUAUGCCGCCGGACAGCGCGAAAGUUUCGAAGACAGGUGAGGAUCAGAUUCUCAUCGAUUUGACGCGCUACGACGCAGAAGACUUCAACAACGAGCCACAGAAUGUACCAGUGGAUGGACCGGCAAAAGCGUUGUUCUCGCUCCAGACCCAGUCCAACAUUUUCUGGAACGUCGAACGUAUUCAGACUGUCGUCAUGUCCUGGAUUCCCUUCUUCUCCAACUGCGAAGACUACGACUCACACAUCGUAUUCUGGGACCUACUGGAACAGCCACAAGGGUACUAUUUCUUGGGAUCGAGACUUCCUCAAGAAGUCGUUGUUAAAAUAAUGUGCUCAUGGUUAUGGUUUCAAUUUCUAAUGGUAGUAACUAAAAUUUCGUAUUAGUACAACGCCAUACUCGGUCUACAAGUAGAUGAAUCGAAAAGCACGAUAAGAAUCUGCAUAUUUUUUAAAUCAAUCAUCUUCAUCACAACUGAUUUGUAUGAUCUGCUCCAUUUUACAGCCGCCUAAACAAGAAGCGUGGUCGAUGCGACGUUGAGGAACCGGAUGAGAAGGCGUGUGAGGGUGAUCCUGACGGGGACGAUGAUUGUGAGAUAUACGAGAAAAACGAAGUGAAGCCCGUUGCGGAGUUGUUCUUAGACUUCAAUACGCUCGAGAUAGUGAUUGAGCCGACGGCGGAUAAUUGUGAGUUCGUGCUCAAAUGCAACUACGAGGAAGAGAAGUCGGCCGAUAACAUGAACGUGAUUUGGCGAGAGAUCGAAGAGGAGGAUACACAAAUCUACUACAUGACCCGCGACCCGAUUGACUAUGCUACCUAUAUCGAAGACAGCAACUUCUGGCAGGAAAACUUCUUAGGUACAAAACGAAAACAUUAUUGUUACAUACGUUCCAGGGCUCAGGGCUGGAGGCCUCCCCCGAUCUAACUUUUUGAGGGGGGGCCUCCCAGCCCCGGACCCUCUUUGCGAGGGGCUGCCGUGCGGAAAGGCCUCAAAGCGCCCACCUCGGACCCCUUCCCACUUCUUGCCUGUACCCUAGAGCGCCACCAAACCGGAGGACGUUGAAGCUGGCAAAGGAGGCAAGGCAGGACCCCGCUGGCUUGUUGCAUGUGCCGCACCCUACAGACCUGGCAAAGGUGGCAAAGGCUGCGCCCUCUUGUCGUGUUGCAGGUACCCGACAGGGCUGGCAGAGGAGGCAAGGCGGGACCCGCCCCCUUGUCGUGCUGCUGUCUCUUUCGACAUGCUGGGCGCAUCUCGUCGCUCGUGCCUUCUCCUCUCGUCCCUCGUUCUUCUCUCGUUCCUCGUUCUGCUCUCGUCGCUCGUUCUGCUCUCGUCGCUCUUCCUUCCACCACUGUGCUGCGCCACAGAUCCAUCCACAGGGGGGGGCCUCCCUCCCUGGUACAUAUAUUGUUGGACCAUUCGAACACAGACUGUUAAAUCGCGUCUAGUUUCUCGGUGAGAAACGCUUGAGAGUGAUACAGUUUGCACAAUUGCACUCACAGCCUGAGGCUCAUGAUCUCUGGCUGCUUUGAUGUGAUCCCUGUGGAUAUUCGUUGGGGUUGCAAGGAGGAAGCCCCAGCUUCAUCAUUGGGAUAUCAUGUUGCAUGGGGGAAAGCUUUCAUAUGCUUCAUAUGGGAACGCCUAUGGAUGCCGUCAUCAUUGAUUCAUACGAUCAUCAUGCACUGGCAUUCAUCGUUGAUCAUAACUGACAAGACGUUAUGGACCUGAUUACAGCUAUGAACAUUCAUCAUUUCUGCUAUCUGAAUACGUUGAGGGUCCUUUGCCUGGUGAUCAUUGACUUUGGAACCAUAUGCGUUUAGGUCUGUAGGUUAUCUUGAGACCUUUCCGGUGUUGUUUUGUCCUUGACUGUAUUGGGAGGCUUGAGCCACAUACGAGAGAGAGAGGAGAAACCGCUGGCACCCGCGCCAACUAAGGCCAACGCGUUGAAAGUGGUGCCGGUGGGUACCUUGUUCGCCUGGCGAUCUUGGUCAUUUUGUUGAUCUUUGUGACAUUUCGAGGGUUAUGACCUUGGCCAACAUAUAUACUUCUAUUUAUACGAUAAGCUAAAAAUAUAAAUAUUAGAGCUUUUUGCUUUAUAACCAUAGAUAACGGAAGGCGAAGGUUUGCGCUUCUUGACUUCAACUUCUAUUUCAACUUUUUUUUAUCGUAAUAAAUUGUUUGUUGAAAUAGAAAAACUAAAGCAAUCUAGUCCGUCGAAGCUGCAAAAACCCGAACAAGUCCAUAUCUACAAGUAAGUACACCAUCAACUAGCUUCUUACGACCUUAAACAAACACAGGUACGGAUGAUCUCGUUCCUGUCGGCUUCGUUGCUGAGGAGCGCGACGGGACAUAUCCGCGGCAUGUUACCUUUAAUAUGGACUUCUACCAGAUGGAGCCAGGCAAAAAGAGGCUUAUUGGCGCUGCAAUGUCGCUCGGUGAGUUCGACGAUGAAGACGAAGAUUAUGAAAUGACGCUUUUCUUACUCUCUCUACUUCUAGUAAUUCUUCCUUGUAUCAAAUAUUUUCGACGUACUUCGAGAAGAAGAAGAGCUACGUAUUGUCGUGUUCCUUAUUUUUUGAUCCAAUAUGAGAUAGACCACGACGCACCACCUCGUACUACUAAAUCCUAGAGCUAGGAGGUGGUAGACUAGGAGUAGCAAUAGUACAACUCGGCGCUCCUAGGAAAAUAAGGUAAUGUUCCUGUUCUAAUAAACGACUGGCUAUUGGCUCUUGAUUACGUUUGCGGCAAUGGACUGGCCCGAUUUGAUGAAUAAUUUCCAACUUGGAACGCCCGUCUACAUGGUGCUUUACGCAGUGGUCGGCUUGGCCUCUGUUUUCAUGUGCGUGGUGGCCUGGUGCAUGGUGCGUCUGGGUUCCAAGAAUAUGAAGCAGCCGCCCAUCGAGCUGUACGAGACGUACGAAUUCAUGCUCUUCUGGCCGAUCCAGGGUGUCCUCAUCGCCAGUGUGCCAGUGAUGGUGCUCUUCGGGAUCAUCAUCAUGAUCACAGAGGUAGAUCCCACUCGAACGCUUCCUUGUGAAUUCACGCGACUGGAUGAGAUCGGAACCGUGGUCGACAAAAAGUGCCUCCAAGGUCGCAGUGGUGUCUCCUUCUUUCUUGCCGGUUUCUUCAUGCUGUGGUCUGGAUCGAAGCUGAUUGUGCCGAAGCUGCGGGUAGAGGAAUCGCAAUACUUGUUGCAGCAAAAUACGGUGCGCCUCCAGACUACAGAGCUGAUUCCGGUACCGCCUCAACAGAAAACGCUCGUAGAAGCCCUGCCCGUGCGAUGGAAGCGAUGUCAUCUCAUCUGGUGCAGCAUCCUCAUUGUCUUUUAUGGCGAUACAAGCAAGGCCAUAGUGAUAGUUCUUGUGUUGUGAAGAACAUGAAGAUUGCUGAAGUCAUAACUUCUGUGUGAUUCUCCAUAGUACGUACAGCUAAUCCACUUUUUUUUAUUACCUUAAAUUUUCAUUUUGUAUGGAGAAGAUCACUUCUUUGAGUACUUAUAAUUCUCAAGUUCAACUCUAACUCAGGAGAUCGUUUAACAUCUUCCUGUUAGACCUCUUUUUACAAAAGAGAAUCAUCCUUUUUUCGUUCUCAUCCUCCUUUUCCUACUUUCAUAUGCUGCCCUUGAUGGUGAUGUUGGAGUUCUCGUAUGCAGGCUUUUUCGGAGAGAACGCUGUCGAGUUCAUCGUGGGUUUCCGUGUGCUGAUGAUGUUUGUCGAAGGCGUUCUGUCCAAGGCAGUUCGGGAAGCCUUGCUGGUGGGACCGCUCUCCGCCGCUUUUGAAGUCGUGCUUUUCGUGGCAACCAUGGGUGCCGAUGAUUUCAUGGAUUUCAUUGACGGUUACUUCACGGAGUUGGUUCUAGCAAUUGCGGAACGGCUGCUGCUUGGCUCAAUUAUUGCGCUCAUAGACGAAGCGGCGAUGUCCUUCGCACAAUGGGUCAGGUCUAGAAGUUGGUACUGGAUGGUCCGAGGCCUCUUCCGCCUAGAGCGCGUCGGCGGGAAAGGGUACCGAUUUUUUCAAUGCUCAUUCUCAUGAAUUUAUGAAGAGAUACUUCAAUUAAAACAUGACAAUGAGAUCGUGUUGCGUACGUUUUUCGUGUCUGAUCGCAUGACAAGAUAGCUUGAGCAACGUUUUCACCCCGUCUUCUUCACGAUAUCAGGAGCGGCGGUAUUAUCUACAACGAGCAAGAUCCUGACGAUGAAAGUGAGGCCGACGAGGAGGAGGAGGAGGAAGAAGAGGAGGAGGAAGAGGAUGAAGAAGAGGCAGAGGCGCUUGUCGAGGAGGCGAUGGAGGAACAUAUCGGUGGCGGUGGUGCCGCCAUGGCUUUGAUUCUUUCACCGAUUGUGCUGGUCGCGAUUUUCCUCUUCCCGCUCACCACGGAGAUCCCGUCCCAGUAUGGCAUCCGAAUUGGCGACUUGAUUUUCUAUAUGUUGUUCGGUAUUUUGAUGGCGCCCUUCCAGGUCAUGAUGGACAUCAUUUUGAACAACGCCGUGGAGAUUUCGCAAGGCGUGAAGAUCUUCGACUACAUGAUGUACGCGAAGUACAGGUGGCGCAACAGGUUAGUGCGGUGGAUGUUCGACGAUCCUCGGUUCGACAGAACCGUGAACGAGACGGUCCAGUCAGUGAACCACUUGUGCUUCUCACCGCAGUACUACUUCAUCCAGUGCUACUUCACGUGGGGUAUCGUGCUGAAGAUUCUGGCGAUUACCAUCAUGUGUCGCGCCGAGUUCAACCCGCUAGAGGAUCCAGCCUUUGGCUAUUUCGUGCUGCAGCAGUUCAUCGCGAAUCGCAUGCUUGACAAGCUAGUCCGCUUUAUCUCCUUCAUCAUUUGGCAGCCACCAAAGGCCAGCGUACAGGCGAAGAAGUUCUACCGAGAAGUGACGCGCAACCUGAAGGUGAAACAGCAAGAGUACCACAGUCACAGAUGGCGCUCGCUCUUUUACAACGACCACAAACACUGGAUUCUCCAGAAUCUGGAUCUGGUCUUCACCCCCCGCUCCAUGCGUCGGUACGAGUCGGUGCUGGCUGACGCUUACCAGAACAUCCUGAAUCUGAGCGACGAGAAGCAGUACAGCGUCAUCCGGCAGAAGGAGGAGAGGAUAGACGUUGCAGAGUCCCAAACCCAGGAACGCGAUAUCAGGGACGAAGACCUGACCAUGCUGAUCAAGAUGAGCCAGAAGAAUCUGCCGGUCAUCGACAUCGAUAGACAAAUCGCGGAGGAAGCGGCUGCGCAGGAGAGGAAAGACCACUGGGCUUUGUACCCCAUUGCCGGUUUCAAGGAGGAACGCAUGGAGCAAGAGAAAAUCAACCCACUAGCGGGUCUCACGCUCGUUUCGUGGCUGAGAACAGCCAGGCGGCACGUCGAGAUGUUGAGGUUAGCCGAAAAAUGGCGUUCAGAAACCGAUCUGUUAACGUACUGCGAAACGUGCGGUGUGCGGUCUGACGAUGACAAAGCGAACAAAAGCGCAGAAUCUCCGUGGGCGCCUUUGGGCCCAAAGCUCCGCAUGUACGAUUUCCACGAUCUGCCGUCUUUGGUAACGCGUUUCGAGGAAAGGUACUGUGGUCACGACACGGAAGAUAUGAUCGAUCAAGCAGAUAUCCAAGCGCUAGGAUUGCCAGGCGGCGACCUGCCGGCGGAGAUUAUCAAUAUGACACUCGAGUCUCAACCUUUGAUAGAUCCGUUCGCGGCAAGUCUCAAUCCAGAAGCGGCAAGACUAGAAUCCGAAAAAGGCGUGGAGGGUACUCUCUAUCUUCAUCUAGUAUCUUGUUUUACAACGCGUGUCCCUGUAGACCGUCUAUUCAUCAUGAUCUUGUAGGUGGUGAGGUGCAUAUUUAUCUCAGAACGACUUCACGAUCACAUCGCACGUUCCUUUUCCUACAAUCAUACUUCAAGAAUCUUCUACUUCCAUCCCAUCGCCUUAUUGAUCAGGUAAAUUGCAAGAUAUUUUCAAAGCAAAAGACGACAUGGAUGAGGAAACGAAGGAAGCCCAACGAAGGUACAUGGAGGAAAUGCAGAGACACGCUGCGGAGGCGCUGGCGAAGAAAAUGGGUAACAAUUUUUUUGACAAGAUGGUCGUCCGGGUUGUAGAAAUUUGUAUUUAUCACACCGAAUGGAUGAUAGUGAAAACAAAUUCUUUUUAGGAAAUAGAAUUUGGAUGUUGAUGCUUCUUAAUCCUAAUUAGAUCACGUUUUAGUUCUACGUGCAAUCUCCGACUCCUUCAGAACACGGAAACACGGUGGACGGCGCAAUGUACAAAGGCGCGACGUUUAACCCGUUGUUGUGGAAGCAGUAUCUGACGAGACAGCACCUCUUUGCCACGUUGUGCUGGCGCUGCGGACACGUAUUAGGCCUAGUGCGAACGCCGACUGGCAGCGACGCGAGUGCGAGCGACGAGGAUGAAGGCAAGGGCGACUUCUCGUCGGAUGACAGCGGUGUGGACGAGCAACUAGAAAUAUUCCCCGAAUGGGUCGAGGUCCACAUAUCCGGCAAGACCAGAGAAAUGAUGCUGCUCUGGAGCCGUCUGGCCAAGCAAAACAUGAAAGAACGCAAGAGACAAAGGCUCAUGCUUGGAGACCAAUAGAAAUAUUAAGUAACUAAGAACUACAUCUACAAGGUCUUGUUAUGUUAUUGUUGUUUCGUUAUUAUCACUCUCUUUGAAGCUAAAGGUGCUCAACGUUAAGAUCCUAUCAAAAACGAGAAAGAAGUAGUCUAUUACCUGGAUUGCGCAAGAAGAAUAUUUCAACUUCCUAUACGUAUACACGAAGCCACUCGCGUAUCACAAGAAAAAAUGGAAACCCUUCAUUAUUUUCUUACAGCUGCUAACUAGGCAGACGCAGAGGUGGAUGCGGAACCCGUACCCGAACAUGCUUUCUACGAAUUGACUCUCCACUAUUGAUCGCUUAUUUUCAUGAAAUGUGUAUAUUUGUACUGAUCAUUCCAGACUGGGGGCCGCACAGAUUAUUAUCAUCCCUACCGUACUAGCUGAACUUGAACAGACAGAAAAACGUUUCUGAGUGUUAAGAUAAACAAGAUUCUAAGCUUCCGUUUAUUUCUGAGUCCUUCACCAUAUCCUUCCCCUUAUAAUAUAUCUAUUUCUGAUUUCUGGAUUGAGUUUGAGAUGAAACUCGUUGCUACAGAUGUUCUUGCACAGUGCAAGGUGGAUUUAGCACAUCUUCUUUCGUAGAAGUUGGCGAUUACUGAUUACUUCUUCAAUAGAUUUUGUAGCCUAUUGGCGAUCUAGUACUCUGUCUAGCUGAAAUUGACACUCAAAGCUGGUUCGUUGUGAUUGAUGUAUUCUAUCCUAAAAAUCCUGCGAUCAUGAAUCCUUGACCUGGGUGGAAUCCGAGAAUCCUCUGGUCGUGUGGUCCCAAGGUAAACCACACGCCGUCGGAUCAACGAUUUGGUGUAUGAAAUAGGUUCAAAACACAAACGAACGAAAUAGACCAAGAAUACUAAGGGUUGGAGAAAUUAAUGACACAACGACAGCAAAACCAUGCAAAAGGAACAGUAUCUAUUAACAAGCAGUUUGAUAAGAUAUGGAGUUUGUUUACAACACAGAUGAUAAUCACCCUGCUCUCGGGAGAGGAAAGAUCAAGCUAAAGAGAGCUUGAAGGACAAUCAAAACGAUGUUCUUCAGGCGCUGCAGAAAGAGUUUCCGAUUCCAGCGGAUCAAUUCUUGCCCCUGGACAGACGAUCACGCUUGCCAUUUCUGCCCGACGACCCCCCUCCAAGAAUGU